AUGCAUUGUUUCGUAUCAACUAUUUCAAUCAUCGUUUUAUUUGGUUUGAUUAUUCAAGGUUUUGAUGCAUGGAAACAUCAAUCAUCAUCAAAUAAUGGUCAAAAACGAAUAGAAAAACGUCUUUAUAAACGACAAUUAUCUCCAUUGAUUCCAGCUUAUUCAACAAAUAGUUUACCAGCAUGUGAUUAUUCUGUAUUACGUACAUGUGAUGCUGUUGCUAAUAGUAUAACACAAAGUGGUGUACAACUUCAACAAACAAUGACUGCUAUUCAACAACGUAAAUUAUAUGUUGGUAAUAGUGUUUCAUUAUCAGCAUUACAAAAUGGUGGCAUGUGUGUACCAAAUACAAAUUUAUUAACGGCUAAUGCAUAUUCAGCUAUUGAUUUAGGUCAUAUAACACUUCCACAACUUGCAGCCGUUAAUAUAUUUCCAGUACCAUCAAUUGAUACAAAUACAUUAAUUAGUGCUGGUUAUAUUAAUACAGUUGGUCAAACAAAUUUACUUACAGCAUUAGGUUUACAAGCAAGUAUAUCUGGUCAUAUAUUACCAUCACAACUUUUAUCAUUAAGUUUAUAUCCAUUACAAACAACAUCACUUUCAUUAGAUGUACUUGUACAAGCUGGUUAUUUAACAAAUGAUUGUAUACCAACAGCACUUGCUAUAUCAGCAUUACAUAUUCAUUAUUUAUCAAUGAAUAAUUUUGCUUCACUUGGUUGUCAAUCAACUGAUUAUUCACAAGUAUCUCUUACACAAUUAUCUGAUGCUAAAUAUGUAUAUGGUACAUCAAAUGUUUUAACACCAGUUGGUUUAGCUGCACUUCGAACAGGUAUAUUUUCACGUGAAACUUAUCAAAAAAUUGGUAUUUUUCCAUUUGGUUAUGGUAUUCAAACACAAUCAACUGAAUAUGUUUAUCAAGAACAACAACAAACACAAACAUCAGUUGUUGUUAAUGAUCUUGUACAUGUUGGUUAUUUACAAUCAAAUAGUUAUUUAUUAACUGGUGCUGCUUAUUAUGGUAUAACACGUGGUUAUUUUACAAUUGAAAAUUUUCGUGAUUUAAAUUUAUGGCCAUUUAGUGGUACACCAUCAAUGAAUAUGUUUGUUUCAGCUGGUUAUGCAACAUAUAGUGGUCAUUUAACACAACUUGGUUAUUCAUUAUUACAUGCACAAUAUUUUCCAUCAGAAUGGCUUCCAAGACUUGGUAUUCAUAUACAUGAUGAUUUUCGUAUAUUUCAUCAAGCUUUACGUUUUGGUGGUUAUUUUCGAUCGGAUUAUAAUGUUGCACAUAGUUCAAUUCAUAGUACAUCUAUUAAUACAAAUGUUGAAACAGCACAAAUUGGUGCAUUUCGAUCAGCAGCUGGUGUAGGUGUUGCAAAUUCUAUUGAUAAUGGAAAUGUUGUCUAUGCUCAUAAAUAA